AUGAAUGUUGGAGUGUGUUCAUGUGAAAGAUUGAAAUCUCUGUUCCAAUUGCCAGGUGCUAGCAAUCUGAAGGAGCUUGAAACGAUUGACAUGCAAAAGUGCAGGGACUUGGACGAGUUUUUUGUUGGCCUAGAAGGAAGGGGCAAUGGAGAACAAACUAAUGAUCAGAUCAACUUCCCUAAUUUGAUUGUCUUGAAUCUUAAAGAUCUAUCAAGCCUCGUGGCAAUCAGGCGAAAUAAUUAUGACAUGAACUUUCCUCAAUUGAUCACAUUGAAGCUCCAAAAGCUGCCACAACUCAUCAGUCUGAUCUAUCCAAAUAGUUCAGCUCCAAAAACUGGCUCUAGUAUACUACAUUUAGUUGGCCCCCAAGCCACAUUAACUUUGCAGGUAAAAUACUUUGGUGAGCUACAAUAUAUGGUGGUGGAUGGAUGCAAAACUAUCUGCCAAAACUUUCUUGCAUUUCAUAACUUAAUAGAGCUUCAAAUUGAGAGCUAUUCCACAUUGAGGUUUGUGUUCCCACUGUCCAUAGUUAAAGGUCUAAUGAAAUUAGAAUCCAUGUAUAUCAGCAAGUGCUCUUGGAUGAAAGACAUCAUCUUGUAUGAAGGAGGCGGAGAUGGAGAGGUAACCAACAAACUUGUUUUCCAAGUAAAGCUUCUCCAUCUUAAGGAUUUAGGUUACCUCGCAACAAUUUGUCCUGCUGCUUGUAGUGUUGACUGCCCAUUGUUGAAAACCCUGGUGCUCACCGGUUGCCGCAACAUGACCUUCGGAACCAAAAGAAGUGGCCAGACGCAUUUCUUCACUGAAAAGGAGACUCUGCAGAAGGCUGAUGAGAUAUUUGGGACAAAGAAUAAGGGACCUAUACACUAUAUUGGAAGGAUUGAUCAGUCAUAA